GGAAGAUGGCGGCUUCCUAGAGACCUGAUUGACUGGCCCCGGUACCCAGGCAGUGGAACCUGCGGCGGUGUGAACGCGCGCGAACUUUGUGUCGCCGCGGUCUAACUUCGACUCGGCUUGCUGCAGCUUCAGGCAGGAUCCUGGCUUCCACUAUCCCCCCUCCAUCCAACCACUCGGGAACUAUGGAGGUAGCCGAGGCCAACAGCCCCACUGAGGAGGAGGAAGAGGAAGAGGAGGAAGAAGGAGAGGAGCCGAUUUCAGAGCCCAGGCCUCACACUCGCUCCAAUCCUGAGGGGGCUGAGGACCGGGCCAUCGGGGCUCAGGCCAAUGUGGGUAGCCGCAGCGAGGGCGAAGGUGAGGCAGCCACUGCAGAUGAUGGGGCGGCCAGUGUCCCGGGAGCUGUGCCCAAGCCCUGGCAGGUACCAGCACCAGCAUCUGAGGUCCAGAUUCGAACACCAAGGGUCAACUGUCCAGAGAAAGUGAUCAUCUGUCUGGAUCUUUCAGAGGAGAUGUCUGUGCCAAAGCUGGAGUCCUUUAAUGGGUCCAGAACAAACGCCCUGAAUGUGUCUCAGAAGAUGGUUGAGAUGUUUGUGCGCACGAAGCACAAGAUUGACAAGAGCCACGAGUUUGCCUUGGUCGUAGUGAACGACGACUCUGCCUGGUUGUCUGGCCUGACCUCUGACCCACGUGAACUCUGCAGCUGCCUGUACGACCUAGAGACGGCAUCCUGCUCCACAUUCAAUUUGGAAGGCCUCUUCAGCCUCAUCCAGCAGAAGACUGAGCUGCCAGUCACAGAGAAUGUGCAAACCAUCCCACCCCCCUACGUCGUGCGCACCAUCCUGGUCUACAGCCGCCCACCCUGCCAGCCCCAGUUCUCCUUGACUGAGCCCAUGAAGAAGAUGUUCCAAUGUCCCUACUUCUUCUUCGACAUCAUUUACAUCCACAGUGGCCCUGAGGAAAAGGAAGACGAUAUGAGCUGGAAGGACAUGUUCGCCUUCAUGGGCAGUCUGGACACCAAGGGCACCAGCUACAAGUAUGCAGUAGCACUUGCUGGCCCCGCCCUGGAGCUGCACAACUGCGUGGCCAAGUUGCUGGCCCACCCGCUGCAGAGGCCCUGCCAGAGCCACGCGAGCUAUAGCCUGCUGGAAGAGGACGAAGAGGCCGGUGAGGGGGAGGCCACUGUGUGACAACUCCACACCGUCCCAUGAGGAGAGAACCCACACCCUCGUCACUGGCACAUGCUCAAUCUCACACUGUCCACUGUAAAGUCAUUCUUCCUGGGACCAUUUUUGUCAUCGGAAUAAAAGUCUGAGGCCCCAGA